UUGAUGUUAGGACGUGCUGAGUGUUCAUGGUGCUUGUGAGUUCAUUUCCUUCGCGUGUUUCAGGGAAUGGCUACACACGGACGAAGCUGCUCCACUGGUGGUUCUGCCCCGCAUGGAGAGGAGCGUCGAGGGACGACGUCGUCACCGGCGAGGGAAAGGAGUCGGGGAGGUGGCGGUGGGGAGGAAGAACGACGGGCUCAAAACUUGUGGUGCGACUACAGCAAGCGUGUCUGGUAUUUGGACUGGGCGAGCCAGGACGGCUCCGACCCGUUGAAACCACCGUGCGGGCCGCUCUUGUUCGUCGCUGUUCGCGUCGAUAGGACGCGUCUCGCAGGUUCCAUCGUCGAGUGGGUCGACAAAGGCGAAUAUAAUUUCAAGUUUACAUUGCGGAAGCAUUACAGAAGUGAUGGUUCCGUCGACGACAUCGCAAAAGAAUGCAAGGUUGUCGGGAGGAUGUUCGGCGGGUACGGCCAGCGUGAGAUGUCCUUGCCGUCCUUUGUCCCGCUACGGCCGGGGCACGACGAGGCCGUUCACGUGACAAACUUCCUCGAGGUUUGGGCGAGAUCAGGUACCUCUGUCAGUGCCAUGGACGUUGGACCUGGGACAUCGAUCAGUGGUCCGGUUGGGUUCGCGGGAGGAGAGUGCUCUGAAAGGAGGAUGGGAGGUCAGGGUGGCCUGCCAGCUACGCCUCCUGAUAAAGAGGUGGGCAUGUUAGACGACUCGGAGGACGACCAUCCGCGUGCUCCUUUGAAACCAGCUUUGCAGGGAUCUCGCCGCCAAGGUUUGCUUGGGGAGUCGACGCCACGUGGAGGCGGCGAUGGCGAACGGUUGCAACAGGGCUCAGAAUCGAUGACUCCUCGUCGUCUGGUCGAAAGGAUCAAUGAGGGCGACAGCGGGGAGGGGGAUGACGACGUGGGGAUUAACCUCAACGCCUUUAACCUCGAUAGUGCGUUCUUCCUCGAGAUGAAGACAGGGGUGCAGAGGGACGUCGUGUUGCACAUCCAUCCCGAGAGAAUAUUGGCUAUUCCAGACUGGGAAGACGCAUACAACCACCAAUCCUUGGACGAGUUCCUUGUUGAUACCAUCGCGUCGGCUAUGAUCGACUGCUACAAACGUAAAGAUAUGAGAUACACGAAGCCCAUUUUUGUUCUCACUCCGAUCGUCGCGCCUCCUGAGAGGGGCGAGCCAGCUGUGCACGUGCUGCCUGGGAACUUCGACAGCUCACAGCCAGAGAAAUAUUGGUAUUAUCCUUUGUGUGGACAGCAUAACGCGAGGGCGGCGAUGAAGGUGAAAGACCAUCCCGUGUUUGAGUACGACAACUUCUAUAAAUGGCCAUUCAGACCGAUCUACUUCCCUGACGUCGAGUUCGACGGCUACGCCAAUGUCAGCUGGGAAGACAACAUGAAAGACAAGAAGAAUCCACCACGCUUGCAGGACGAGGUGCGAAAGUGGGUGCAGUUCAUGGUGUUGGCUAUGAAGAAGACACCGUACACGCCUUUGUGGAACCUGUCAACGGAAGAAAAGAAAAGAAAGGAAUGGGCUGAGAAACUUCGAUACUACCUCCCGCUGGCCAUAGCAGAUGACUCUGUCUUAGCUUUGGGGGAGAAGUUCUAUGAGGAGUGGUCGAAAGGGAAACUCCUUGCUUCCGACGGUCGGUGUCUGACUGAAAAGCCGCCCACCCAUGAGGAGGUGGCCAAGCCAGGACUCUCCACUGUGACUGACAGCCAGGGGCUGAAGAAGCACGUCUGGUACGUGAAUGUGGACGACCCAUCAUUGAAAAAGGGCAAGGGGAAGCCAAAGAAAGGCGCGAAGGAGAAAACUUACUACGUCCAAGUUCCUGAGCCGGAUGUCCACUGCUGGAAGGAAUUGGUGGACUUGACGGACCGCGAGAAGAAAAGGUUGUUAAACGGCGUCUUGAACCUUAACGUCGUGUGGGUUCAAAGGAGUAGCAAGAAGUUGGCCGAGCAGGGGAAGUUCAGUGUCAAGGAGAUGGUCGACAUAAUAAAAAUGGACCGGAUUAUGCUGAGGCUGUGGCACUACGUGGAGUUCGAGUACGAGAAAAUGGAUAAGCGGGAGUGGAAUGCCAACUCCACGUUCUUCAGGUCCAAGAAGCAACUAUUGGAAGAGUUCAAGGACAAAGGUCUCGACGACAAGCUUUGGAACGAGAGCAAGAAUUUUUUCACGGACACCCCGUACGUCAACAAGUGCCCUCAGUUUCUGGGGUGUCAACACGAUAACAACAUCAAGAGAACGGCGGCCCUCGUUAACGACCAGCACUUCCCGGCGGAGUGGAAGCGUGUCGUCCUUUCGGUGAUCACUGGAGAUCGCGCCAAACGCAAAAAAAAACCUCGGGGCGUUGAUGAAUGCAUCAACAUUAUGUGGAUGAGGACAAUCGCCCUGACGACGCUGGCCCAGUUUAACGUCGACCCAUUGAGUGUCAUAGAUCAUAAGGAGGCGCUGGGAAAACUAGCGCAUCAGCUACGCUCCCACACUUGCGUGCUCGACUUGUGCGGAACUGUGGACCGUGCGCAAUGGGACUCUGGGGCAUUCGCGUCUCUGAGUGAGUUGUUGGGCUUCGUUUGUCAGGACUACUGGACAUUGGUGGUAUUCGUUCCCUGCCUGUGGAACAUCUCCUUCAUGACAUCUUUGUCUGCGCUUGGGGCUACCCAAUGCUACAUGGGGAAGUGGGUUUGGAAGACGGCAUCAAAGAGGACGCAUCAGUUCGGAAACAGCGUCUGGGAGGAGCCGGAUGUGAUGCAUAUCCUUUUCAAAGGCGAGGAUCCUCGGCUACUGACUCACCCGGUGUACGAGGGAGCUGUUGCCGAAGACGACGACGACGCUCUCCAGAGGAAACAGAAAGUGACACCCACGGAUGUGGAGGAGAAGUCUUUCAAGUCCUUGACUUUCGCGGACAUCGGAAACCUCACCCAGAGGGGGGCUCUGUACAAGUUCGGCGAGCGUAAUCCGAAUCAGUUAUGCAAUCAGCUUCUUUUCUUCUGUGGUGUGGCGGAUGCCGUGCUGUUCUUGGGCAAGUCGCACGCGCAGGUGGUGUGGAGUCUGCUUCAACAAGGAAGGCACGUCUUGGCCGUGGAUGGGGACACAAGGCAACUCGAAUACACCGUGCAUUAUGUCACCCAUGAAGUGUCGUCCAAGGCUUACCCAUGCGAUUUCCACCAUGUCGUGGUCGAGCCCGUUUACGACCCCAACAAGGACAUGUUCUUCAAGUUGACUCCGAAGAAAAGGCGCCAGGUCUACUCCUUCCUUUACGGCGAACAACCAAGGCUGAGAUUUGACCCGCAACUGGAAUACGUAUUUUUUAACGAGAAUGUGGUCGAUCCGGCCGACUUCACUUUGGAUAACUACAGGCUGGCAUUCGGUGAGGACGACGACUUCAAUAUCGAGACUGAGCAGGAGGAGAGCGUUGAGGACGACCUCUUCAAUUUGGACGGGCAAUUGACUAUCUUCAACGCCCAAGUUUCUGAGUCGCCGUUAGUAUGCAGACCGGGGACACCUCUCGGUACACCCACCUCGGGCGGUCCCACGCCCGUGUCCUCCUCAGCGCCUGUCAACAGGGGUGGGUUGUCCCGUCUGAGGAGUCCGCCGGGGGAGCCUAUUCGUCUCACACCACAGCCCGAACGUCUUCGACCUGGCCAUCCAGUUCCUCCGGACCAUCCGCAUCUCAAAGCUCCUGCAGUUCCCUACCACAUGGGCGACAAACACACCUUCUCCACAGCCGAAGAUUGGGGCCAUGAUAUCGUGUGGCACCCHGACCAUUUCCAGCCAGUCCUUCUCGAYGGCSACYRGGCAGUGGCUGUGAGGGACGUAAGUGGAAGGUGGAUAUAUGACGAUCGUUGGGACCUCGAKACAUUCAAAUCUCGCGCCUACGAUGCGGUAUUGGAGAGAUUAGGUAAGGUCAAUCGACGAAGUAAGGACGACCCUGAUCUACGCGCAUAUGGGGAAACGCUAUUCGAGUUGUUGCAGUCAAAUAAUUGGCUGGAAGUAUCCUCCGCGUUCUACGCCCUUCCGUCAAGCCCGUCAAUUAAGCAAGUGAGUUGGGACUUGCCUGCGGUCACCCCGCCGGCAGGAGUUGUGAAGCGCAAGUCUCGCGGAAAGGACGACGAAGGAGAUGGUGAAGGCGGCGGGCAACGAGUUACCGGAGGCGGAAGUGAACAGAAGUCGACGAAACAGCGGUCUCCGGGGCACGCGGGCGGCGGAGAGGGGAAAAAGGGCAGCCGAGAGAAGAAAAAACCUCGCAGCGGAGAGAAGACAAAGCAUCACACAGGAGACGGGCAGGGGUCCGAUGUCGACCGCGACGAGGACGGUGGGGUUCUGGCGCUCCAAAAACGGUUGGCGGAUUGUCUCGGAUCAAUCCGUAUCUCAGAGGCAACAUCGUCGCCCGGAACUCAGUACCUUCUGGAAAGCGAGACGACAACAUACCACGGAUCUGGCAGCGACAAGCUCGACCCAUGUUCGGUUUCGCCUCAAAAGGAAAUUCGGAUUAAUCCGAACCAGGAAGCCAGUACCGUCGAGAGAGCACAGCGGUCUACGGAACUCGAACGGGUGGUCCGGGUUUCCGAAAACCCUGGCGGCGAAAUUCGGAUUCAUCCGAACCAGGAGGACAUGUCUGCCAUGACAGACGAUCGAUGUCAGGACGCCGUAAUGCUGUGCAUGGAAACCCACAAGGAACUGCAGGCAGGUUGUCCGACAGAGGGUGAGUUAGUGACCAGUUUCAAUGUCGAGCCCCACACAAUCGGAGCCGAAUGCCUAGUGACGGUACGCGCUGAGUUAGCAGUCUCAAGCGACUCUCCGGUGAAAGCGGACACGUCGUCGACCUUGGAAACUGCGGGGGCUCGGAUGAAUCUGAACCAGGGCCCUGUGAGCAUGUUCCUCCCUGAUGCAGCUUUGGAGACGACUAUAAUUCGGAUUCAUCCGAGACACACGAACGAAGGACUUCAACUGGCAGGCAUUGAGGGUUGUCGACUUCUGACGACUUUGAACAAGGACGAUUCCGCCGACGACCGGAUUGAUCCGACACUCAGCGACGUCGGGUUGGAGCAACCAGUUCAGCCGGGAAACGACGACCCCUUGUACUCCGGCCUUCACGACGAGGUGAUGGGAGAGGAUGUUCUGAAAAAGUUCUCUGACGCUGUUGGAGAUAGAUUUCUCUAUUUGAGUGACGACGAUAAAGACACAGCGCACGCGGACAAGAAGUUAAGGGGGGGAGAGGUGUUGUUGGACAUCCAUGGGACCUUGAGCACAACACAAUAUGACACAAAGGCGAUGGAGAAAACCCGUUCUGUCGACAUUGUGGACGUCGACGCUCUUUGUCCGGAGACGGAGAGACUAAAAUUACCCGUCGCGGACGUGGAGGAUUUCCGCCAUCGGGAUGGGGAUGAAUUUAUGCCGUCUCCGGUCAUCGACGCCGACAUCUCGAACCUAUCAAGUUUCCCUGUGGGUUUGGAGCACGUCGUCGCCGCGUCGACGCGCACGGGGGCGCCAAUCGUGUUGGGACUGCCGUCAAUGGGCUCUGCUGACGUGGAAGCUAAGCCUGGGUUUCCUCGAGAUGGAAGAGCAGUCCUUGAAGACGUUAUCUGCUCCCGGUUGCUGCUCACAAUCACCGUUGCGCGUUUGCCAUCGCACAAUUUACAGGUGUCUGUCAAGGACAUCGUCGCACUCGUGGAUGGAUCCGGGGAGCUCAACGAUGAGGUCGUCAAUUUCUACAUGGCGAUGCUGCUUGACGACUGCGGUCGGACUGCUGCUACCAAGAAGACGUACACCUUUAACUCUUUCUUCGCCUCUACACUGCUUCUGCGAGGUCUGGCAGCUAUUAGCAGAUGGGCUAAAGAUGUGGACCUCCAGUCUCAUGACCUCGUCUUGGCACAAGUGCACAAGGACGGCGGACACUGGAGCCUUUUGGCCAUUGACUUCUCUAGACGUGUUUUGGAAAUCUAUGAUUCUUUCUCGUGUUCUUCAUCCAAAGAUGACUUCUACUCCACACUUUUAGAUAAAUCUGUUAAAUUUUUGAACACGGUGGCAGGUGUCGCUGGUGAUAGUCGCACUUUCGACCACUUCGCUCGUGAGGUCAGCGUUAAAGGUGUCCCUCGGCAGCACGACGGGGCUAGUUGUGGGGUGUUCAUGUUGAUGUUCGCUUCCUGUUUGGCAAAAGGUUUACGUCCACCUUUUGGUUUCUCCCAUAGACACAUCUCCUCUAUCAGAGUUAGACUAGCUUUGGCGAUUUGCGAUGUUGGUAGGUAAGCGUCUAUCUUUUUGCUGAUCAUGUAGUGUAGCAGGGUUGACUUAGAAGAACAUUCCGUUCUUCUCCGGACGA